AUGCCUCAGAAAGAAUACCAUAAUCAAGCAACGUGGGAAUCUGGGGUCGCCUCCAUGAUGCAAAACAGUCACAGUGGCGUCAACCAGCUCGGCGGGGUCUUUGUCAACGGCAGACCACUACCAGACUCCACCAGACAGAAAAUUGUCGAACUUGCUCACAGCGGAGCGCGACCGUGCGACAUCUCCAGGAUUUUACAGAACCAUGAUGAUGCAAAAGUCCAAGUGCUGGACAAUGACAACGUGUCGAAUGGAUGCGUGAGUAAGAUCCUGGGCAGAUAUUAUGAGACUGGCUCCAUCAGACCACGGGCUAUUGGAGGGAGCAAACCAAGAGUAGCGACACCAGAAGUGGUCGGCAAAAUCGCCCAGUACAAGAGGGAGUGCCCUUCUAUCUUUGCCUGGGAGAUCCGUGACAGACUACUGUCAGAGGGAGUGUGCACCAACGACAACAUACCCAGCGUGUCAUCUAUAAAUCGAGUCCUGCGCAACCUGGCUAGCGAAAAGCAACAGAUGGGUGCAGAUGGCAUGUACGAAAAGCUGAGAAUGCUCAACGGUCAGACUGGCACGUGGGGGACACGUCCAGGGUGGUAUCCCGGAACGUCGGUGCCAGGUCAGCCGAAUCAAGAUGGUUGUCAACAACAAGACAACAGCGGGGAAAACACAAACUCAAUCAGUUCAAAUGGAGAAGAUUCAGAUGAGACUCAGAUGCGAUUACAGCUGAAGAGAAAAUUGCAAAGAAAUCGAACAUCUUUCACUCAGGAACAAAUAGAAGCGCUAGAAAAAGAAUUUGAAAGAACACAUUAUCCAGACGUCUUUGCAAGAGAAAGACUCGCGGCAAAAAUCGACCUCCCAGAGGCAAGAAUACAGGUGUGGUUUUCAAACAGAAGAGCAAAGUGGAGGAGGGAAGAGAAGCUGCGAAAUCAGCGUCGGCAAGCGAGCAAUUCCUCCAGUCACAUUCCAAUCAGCAGCAGUUUUAGCACUAGCGUCUACCAAGCCAUUCCACAGCCCACUACACCUGUGUCGUUCACAUCAGGGUCCAUGCUGGGCAGAUCUGACACAGCCCUUACAAACACAUACAGUGGACUGCCACCCAUGCCCAGCUUCACCAUGGCCAACAACCUGCCUAUGCAACCCAGCCAGACUUCCUCCUAUUCCUGCAUGCUGCCCACCAGUCCAUCUGUGAAUGGGCGGAGCUACGACACAUACACACCCCCUCAUAUGCAGGCACACAUGAACAGCCAAUCAAUGGCCACUUCUGGUACAACCUCAACAGGACUCAUCUCCCCAGGAGUAUCUGUCCCUGUCCAAGUUCCCGGCAGUGAGCCAGAUAUGUCUCAGUACUGGUCAAGACUACAGUAA